ACGCGAUUCCCCGCCUUCUCCAUCCGGGUGCCCCGGCGCGGAUAAGAGCCGGACCGCGCCUGCGCGCCCAGCCCCACUCCUUCGACCUCUGCCGCCGCCGCCGCCGCCGCCGCCUCCUGGAAGAGAGCGGGAGAGGAGCCCACGCCGCCUGCCACCCAGUCUCCAGCCGCGCCGCCCCGGGAGUGUAAGAUGUUCGCCUGCGCCAAGCUCGCCUGCAGCCCCGCUCUGAUCCGAGCUGGAUCCAGAGUUGCAUACAGACCAAUUUCUGCAUCAGUGUUAUCUCGACCAGAGGCUAGGACUGGAGAGGGCUCUACAGUAUUUAAUGGGGCCCAGAAUGGUGUGCCUCAGCUAAUCCAAAGGGAGUUUCAGACCAGUGCAAUCAGCAGAGACAUUGAUACUGCUGCCAAAUUUAUUGGUGCAGGUGCUGCAACAGUGGGAGUGGCUGGUUCUGGUGCUGGUAUUGGAACAGUCUUUGGCAGCCUUAUCAUUGGUUAUGCCAGAAACCCUUCGCUGAAGCAGCAGCUGUUCUCAUAUGCUAUCCUGGGAUUUGCCUUAUCUGAAGCUAUGGGUCUUUUUUGUUUGAUGGUUGCUUUCUUGAUUUUGUUUGCCAUGUAACAGAAAUUACUGCUUGAAAUGUUGGCAUUCAUAUUAAUUACGGAUGUAAUUCUGUGUACCUUACUGUGACUCCGAGCACUAUAGUAUUGGUGUCAUGGAAAUAGACAUUAUUUCCAAAGUCAUUUCAUUAAAGAUGAAAACUUUAAUUUUUGCUGUGAUUUGUACUUCCCUACAUUUAGAUCAUCACAAAGAAGGACAUGCAUUCAGGCAGAUGCUGUACAAGUCAGAGGGAACUACAGCCGUUGCCUCACUGAUGAAAAAGAUCCUAAUGUAAUUUUUAUGGGAAUUCUUUUAUAUAGUGUCUGAACAUUGUAAAUUAUAGGGUUUUUGAUUCAUUAAAGGAGAAAUAUUUGAGUGCUUUAA